CGUCAUGCUUUGUGAUUUGCAUUAUAAAGCCGCCAUUGCGCUUCUUCGUUCCCUCAAACUUAUCGCACUUCUUGCUUCUCUCUCUAUCCGCCAUUGUCGUUCCUAUAUCUACCUCUUGCUCUCUCUCGCCUGCCGCUCUGACAUAGUCGCCGCAACUGAGAACAGGUGGUAUUGAGUCUGGUUAAUCUGCAGCUAAUCUUCUGUUUUUCCGACGGAGAAGGAAGCUUAUUGUUCUUAGUUUUAUCCUGCAUUAGCACAUCUUAGUUAUCUCAGAGGAAAGGAGGAAUUAAGGUGAAUAUAAAAUGAAGUAUGUGUUGGUGACUGGUGGAGUGGUAAGCGGUUUGGGCAAAGGAGUGACUGCCAGCAGCAUCGGCGUCCUUCUUAAGGCGUGCGGCCUUCGAGUUACUUCCAUAAAGAUUGAUCCCUAUUUGAACACUGAUGCUGGAACUAUGUCCCCUUUUGAGCACGGAGAGGUGUUUGUUUUAGAUGAUGGGGGAGAGGUAGACCUUGAUCUUGGCAACUAUGAGAGGUUCCUAGACAUCAAAUUGACACGUGAUAAUAAUAUCACUACUGGAAAAAUCUAUCAGUAUGUGAUUGACAAGGAAAGGAGGGGAGACUAUCUAGGAAAAACUGUUCAGGUUGUCCCUCACAUAACAGAUGCUAUUCAAGAGUGGAUUGAACGUGUUGCGAUGAUCCCUGUGGAUGGAAAAGAAGGCCCAGCUGAUGUUUGUGUCAUUGAAUUGGGUGGUACAAUAGGGGACAUAGAAUCAAUGCCUUUCAUUGAGGCAUUGGGACAAUUUUCCUACCGCGUAGGUCCUGGUAACUUUUGCUUGGUUCAUGUCAGCCUUGUGCCUGUUCUAAGUGUUGUAGGUGAACAGAAAACAAAACCAACUCAGCACAGUGUUAAAGGACUUAGAAGCCUGGGGUUGAUGCCUAAUAUAUUAGCUUGUCGCAGUACAACGAUACUAGAGGAGAAUGUGAAGCAAAAACUUUGCCAAUUCUGCCAUGUUCCUGAAGAAAACAUUAUCACUUUACAUGAUGUGUCCAACAUCUGGCAUGUACCUUCGCUUUUAAGAGAUCAGAAGGCACAUGUGGUAAUCUCAAAAGUGCUGAACCUUGGCAUCAUUAACGAACCAUCGAUGAAGGAAUGGACGGCCAGGGCUGAACUCUGUGAUCGAUUGAACGAAACUGUCAGGAUUGCAAUGGUUGGAAAAUAUACAGGCCUCUCAGAUUCAUACCUUUCAGUACUAAAGUCCCUUUUGGAUGCGUCUGUUGAUUGUCAUAAGAAACUUCAGGUUGACUGGGUUCCUUCCAGUGACCUUGAAGAUGUAACUGCUAAGGAGAAUCCGGAAGCUUAUAAAGCUGCAUGGGAUUUAUUGAAGGAAGUAGAUGGUAUCCUUGUUCCUGGAGGAUUUGGUGACAGAGGGGUACAAGGGAAAAUUUUGGCCGCUAAGUAUGCGAGGGAGCACAAAAUUCCUUAUCUUGGUAUAUGCCUAGGGAUGCAAAUUGCCGUCAUCGAAUUUGCUAGAUCUGUUCUUGGGAUGAAAGAUGCAAACAGCUCUGAGUUUGACCCUGACACCAAGAACCCUUGUGUUAUAUUCAUGCCGGAGGGUUCCAAAACUCACAUGGGAGGCACAAUGCGUCUUGGAUCUCGAAGGACUUAUUUUCAUGUCUCAGAUUGCAAAAGUGCAAAACUAUAUGACAACAAGAGCUAUAUUGAUGAGAGACACAGACAUAGAUACGAGGUGAAUCCCGAUAUGAUAGAAAAAUUUGAAGAUGCUGGUCUCUCUUUUAUUGGGAAAGAUGAAAGUGGUCAACGUAUGGAGAUUGUUGAGCUGUUGGACCAUCCGUACUUUAUUGGUGUUCAAUUUCACCCCGAAUUUAAAUCAAGACCUGGAAAACCAUCGCCUCUCUUCCUAGGACUCAUAGCGGCUGCUUGUGGACAACUAGAUGACAUCUUGCUGAAGAAAGGCGUAGUGAUGGCAGCAAAUGGAUUGAGCAAUGGCAAUGGAAAUGGCAGCAUACCAAUGAAGAUGCAUCAAAAUGGGAAUGGAAACAAGAUGACAAGUCUUAGUCCACGCGAAAUGGCGUAUAGCAAUGGAAACGGGUUGAUCUGCUAGAGAGUCUGAAAACACAAGAUGAUACUAGUAACCCUUGUCUAACAAUAGUGUGUUGGUGAUGUUUUGUUUUUUACUUCUCAGGUGUUCCCUAAGUCGGUCUGCUCUGUACAGAAAUAUUUUAAUUUUUGUUAAGGAAGAGUAACAAACAGUGUUCACUACCAGUUGGGUUGGGUUGGGUUGGUUUUGCGAACAUCUACAAGGAACCAGUUUUUUUCUAGGGAAUUAACUAGAUUUUGAGAUUCUAUUUUGUAUGUCAGUUGAAGUCUGUCUCUAAAAGAGAUUUGCGGCAAUUGAUUUGUUUUUUGGUGUAAGAGAUAUUUCUCUAUGAAUUGUGUUGCUUUCAGUUGA